ACUAGGGUUCCACCUCUCAGAUCACUUGAAUCACUCCUUUGAUUUAUGGCCUUCCUUUUAAGAACAUCAUCAUUAACAACAACAACAACAACACACCAUGCAAACAAAUAGCUAGCUAGCUAGUUAGCUAACACAGCACCAUGUCCACAAAAACCACCCCCUCUGCUACUCCAUCUUCAUUCAUGUCCACCAUGGCUCGCCGCCGAAAAGACUCCGAUGAGAUUGAUGUCUUUGAAGCUGCACGAUACUUCUCCGGUGGCACGGACGGUAAUGUGAGUGUUAGAAGUAUUGUUGGUGGUCAUGGGAGAAUGAAAGAGGAGAGACUUUCAUGGAGGCCAUUGAGGAAGAGCUUGGACAUGCCAAUAGGUACCAUGAUCUCUCAACCUCCUCCAAAGGUUGAGAAACAAUGCAUUAAUGAGAAGAAGAACAGUAAGCAACCAAGCUCACCUGGUGGCAGGCUUGCAUCUUUCCUCAACUCAUUAUUCAAUCAAGUUGCAUCAAAGGUGAAGGUGAAGUCAAAGUCUUCUUCGUUGUCAACAAAGGAUAAUGAAGAGAAUUAUGGUGGGAGGAGUAGAAGAAGUAGCAUCAGCCAUUCUCCAAGCCUAACUGCCAGUACUUCAACAAAGGUUUACAAAGUUAUCAAUGAUGAGAAGAAGCGCUUGGCCCCAAAGUUUGUAAUGGAGAAAAAGGAAGUUUUGAAGAACUAUGGAGAGAAUGACGAUGGGGAUAGUGAUUCAAGCUCUGAUCUGUUUGAGUUGAAGAACUAUGAGUUGACUGAUGAUCAUGUCUCAAGUGGUUUACCUGUUUAUGGUGCUACAAACAUGAAGGUCAUCAAAAGAGAUACUACCAUUGCUAGUUAGUUCUGUUUCUUCAUAAGUUAAUUAUCUUAGUUUAUAUCAAUGGAUUAAAGAAAUCCAAGCUUGUUUUCUGAGUUUAAACUGAUUUCUUGUUAUGC